AUGGCGCGUCUUUCUGCCCUUACUGUCGUGGUGCUGCUCUCCCUCGCGCUCCUCUGGACCGUGACAGCGUGCCCGAUCAGCGUGCAGAGUCUUCUCGCGGGCCUACUCCCUUGGGCGGCUGCUUCAGCGGGCAUCCUGUGCUCCAUCGUCAUAUUCACCAUCGGCUACCUUCUAGGCGCCUGCCGUGCGCGCCCACAUGACGCUCUGCGCGAUGAAGAGGCCGGAAUAACUCCUUACCACAAGCCACCCACUGUCGCCAAUACGCUUUUUGGGUGUGUCGACUGCCCAGCGCGGUUCUCCGACUCUGUCGCGCUGCGGUCACACAUGGAGGAGGAACACUGCUGGUUCCAAGAUAGCGACGCCGUGGCGGAGUGGUAUCGCGAACCGGGUCGCAUGGAUCAAUGCACUGUCGAUACUCCAAUAAUUCCAUUUCCAAACGGCAUUGACAUCGCCCUCCCGUCGCAGCGUCCGCUCCUGCCGCCGUUCGUCUUGCCGACGGUACCCCUGCGCAAACAACUGCACAAAGGCUUUCGGGAACAGGGGCGAGUGGAAAGCGCAUGUAAAGCUGGAGCAUAA